AGCCUUGGCUCAAGCUCCAAUGCACUGCGUAAGCGCCAAGGUGCAUGCCUCACGCAUGGGGCAGGUGACCAGCCGCUGCAUGGAUAGGCUGGAUACAUGCAGCAAAGAGGCAGAGACCAGCUCCGUGUGGAGGGCCGCAAGCCCAACAGGAGAGAUCACCGUGGAGAGGUCCAAGAGCAGCGGUGUGAUGCCAGGAAGAGGAGAGGAGGAGCCGGGCCCCAUCCCAAUGGAUCGGGUCAGAUCCACCCCCGGGCUGCGGGGCACUCCAUAUCAAGCGCCUUCAUCGCCCUCCAGCCAGGCCUUUGUAGAUGAGUUGCGCAGGAUCGAAGUCAGUGCCGACCGAGUCGUGUACAACCUGGACCUCCACGACAGGUUGCUGAGGCGGCAAAAUCUCCGGAGCUACUUCCACAUGUGCACGGAGCACCGGAGACUGCAGGUCACCACCUCCUGCUUCGCAGCCUGGCGGAAGAACAAGAAGACCAACGGCUUCGCGAAGGUGAUCCCGGUGGCGCAGGAAGGAGCCCUCCCGGAGUUGGGGCCCAUCCGCGUCUUCUUCUUCGAUGACAACUUGGAGUGGUUUGGUUUAGAGUCCAGCUCUGGCAUUUGCAACCUGCGGGACCUAUCGACCGGCAAGUUCGUUGAGUUUGCGGAGGGCCAGAAUGGCUUUGUGCAAGAGCGAUUCGCUCGACACACUGUAGUGCAGCACAGUUCGUUGUGGCGGGUGGUCCUUGUCAAGGCAAACAUCCUGGAUGCCAUCGAAGACCAGGAGUACUUCGCCAGCCUGAUCAGCAAGUUUUCCGCGCCCUCGGACCGGUGCGUGGUCUUCAUGGACGUGAACGCCACCAUCGUGUGCAACGACACGGUGCAGGGCAAGGGCCUGGCCGUGACGCUGCUGGGCACCAUGUUCGAGCUGCUGGAGUUCCGGCCCCUCGAGGGUCCCGUGGAGCUCCAGUGCGGCGGCCUCAAGAUCCGGGUGGAGAAGAUGAAGACGCUGAAGGGCCUGAUCAAGGACAUGACCGCGGACGACCACGAGGCCUACACCCAGUUCUGGGACGAGAAGACUUGCUGGGACUUCCUCGCACAGGUCCUGCAGAAGGGAGAGGUGCGAUGGGUCACAGGCACGGAGCCCAUGACGGUGGAGUCGGUGCGGAGCCUCUUCCUGUCGUACCUGGACAGGGUCCCGACGGCUCUGAACUCCGACGGCAUCACCAAGAGCUGGUUUUACGUGUACUCGCAGAAGUUGGAACACAGGCAUUCCACUGUCUUGAACUCCUUUGGGGUGGACACGAGGAAAGUGACACUGGCUACCGUGGACGAGGAAAAGGAUGUGCUUCACAUCGCCAUCAACCACGAGAUGUGGGAGGAUAGAGAUGUCAAGAAGUAUGCUGACCAAUUUGUAGGCUAGAAUUCUGCCUGCCGCGGGGCAGGCAACAGCUGUCAAGUGACCUGACCUACGUGAUGUCAUAUGUGUUCCAUAGUUGACGCAUGUGGGGUUGAGGCCAGGACUACUUAGCCCGGAUACACACAGACCACUGCCAGCCCCUGCUGUGUAGAUCCUAGCCUAGUGCUCGACACUUUGUCGAGCUGUUCGACGGCUCACUGUGAUGCACAACUCCGGGUCGGAUGGCAUGUUAGGCAUGAACACGCCGUCCCGACCUAGGGACA